AUGCAGCAUCUGUUUGGAUCAUCCAGUUUUACUUCUAGAGUGGCUUGGCGUAUGGCGACGGAGUACAGACUACGGGCGGUCGCUGUGAGGCUGAGUGCGUCAGUCGUGGACAGGGGAGACGAUGGCACCAAGAACGUCCAAGCAGUGAGGUCGACAAAGCUCAUCGUUGGGGAUAUUGCAAUCCGCGAUAUACCUUCGACGACACACCGAGUAGUCGUUCCCCAUCUAGCACAGCUGGCUGCACAAUUACCUGCAUCGCCCAACCUGGACCCACCUCGCAGCGCGCCCGAUGAUUCCGGCGGAGUUGUGAGCCAGAGUGGAGGCGGCUUGCGAAGAUGCGCGCUGGGGAUGGGGGGACGUGCGGUAGGCCCCAUUUUCUAG